GUGACGCAAAAACAAACCCCGACCUCACAUGCUACGCUACUUUACAAGAUUCGAAUUUGAUUCCAUCUUACUACUCCUAGGUUAAAGUCUAAUUGCCCCUACUCUCUAAUUGCUUCCGCCAUUUUCAUCUUUCAUCUUACCUUUAUCAAAUCAGUAUAUUGCAUAGUUUUGCAGAGAGAGAGAGAGAAUGUAUAUUGGGCCUCAUGGUGUUGCAGCUCUGCAUAGACACAAAUAUAGUGGUGUAGAUCAUUCCUAUGUGGCCAAAUAUGUACUACAGCCCUUUUGGACUUGGUUUGUUACUUUGUUUCCCCUAUGGAUGCCACCAAACUUGAUAACUCUCACAGGAUUUAUGUUCUUACUAAUAUCUGCAUUGCUUGGCUAUAUAUACUCUCCUCAAUUGGACUCCGCUCCUCCAAGAUGGGUUCAUAUUGCACAUGGGCUACUUCUGUUUUUAUACCAGACAUUUGAUGCUGUUGAUGGGAAACAAGCUCGAAGAACAAAUUCUUCAAGUCCAUUGGGGGAGCUGUUUGAUCAUGGGUGUGAUGCACUUGCUUGUGCACUUGAAGCACUUGCGUUUGGGAGCACAGCCAUGUGUGGAAGAGCUACUUUCUGGUGGUGGUUAAUAUCUGCAGUUACAUUUUUUGGGGCAACCUGGGAGUACUAUUUCAUCAAUACACUUAUACUGCCUGUUGUAAAUGGACCUACGGAGGGUCUUAUGCUAAUAUACCUCGCUCACUUUUUCACUGCUUUCGUGGGUGCUGAGUGGUGGGUUCAGCAAUUUGGAAAGUCUUUGCCUUUUUUGAAUUGGUUGCCUUUUAUUGCGGAUGUCCCAACAUACAGUGCCGCAUUGUUUGUGAUGGUAGCUUUUGGUCUUAUACCAACUCUCAUAUUCAAUGUUCAAAAUGUUUAUAAGGUUGUGAAGGCAAAAAAUAGAAGUAUGCUCCUUGCAUUGGCAAUGCUUUACCCAUUUGUUGUCCUUGUCGGAGGAGUGCUUGUGUGGGAUUAUUUAUCACCUUCUGACAUCAUAGCUAGUUAUCCACAUUUAGUUGUUUCGGGAUCAGGACUUGCUUUCGGGUAUCUUGUGGGAAGGAUGAUUUUGGCUCACUUUUGUGAAGAACCAAAGGGCUUAAAAACUGGAAUGUGCAUGUCCCUCUUGUAUCUCCCAUUCGCCAUUGCUAACGCACUUGCGUCAAGGCUAAACGAUGGGGUUCCGUUAGUUAAUGAGAGACUAGUUCUUCUCGGUUACUGUGCAUUCACAGGAGCACUCUACUUGCAUUUCGCAACGUCUGUCAUUCGUGAAAUUACAGAUGCACUUGGAAUAUAUUGCUUCAGGAUAACUAGGAAGGAAGCUUGAAACUACCCUUUAGGUGCCUACCUCUUUCUUGACAGGAAUUGUGUCCUUUUCUAAAGCAUUGUAAACUAACUUUUUGAUUAAACAUGUAUGUUUGUUUCAAGUAAUCUAGUUACAUUCUUGGGAAUAUAGGGUAGGGAAUGUGUAUUUUCCUAUAUUGCUAGGUUAUACAAUUUUAUUCAAAAGCACAAAAGAUUCCUAAGAAAGAAAUAACUUCCAUA